AACGUACAUCGACGAUCCUACAAAGGUUUCACCGUUCGAAGCUUUCCCGACGGAACUCGCAACUGCUACACCUUUCCCGGGUUGAAGGAAGGGGACAGGUAUCUCGUAAGGGCCUCCUUCGUUCACGGCAACUACGACGGCCAAGCCUCUGGGGACUCCGUCGCCCCACCGCUGCUAUUCGAUCUCUAUGUCGGUGUCAACCUCUGGCAAACCAUCAACAUCACCGAGGUGUACACACUUUACGGGGCCGAGAUUAUUACUGCCGCCCCAUCCGACUCCCUGUCGAUAUGCCUGGUCAACAUUGGUUUGGGAGCGCCGUUCAUAUCUUCGCUGGAGUUGAGGCAUAUCGACAACCACCUGGCGUACCAGCACGCGAAUCAAUCCGCUGCACUAGUGUUCCACAGUCGCUACAACUUGGGAUCCCUCACCAACUACACCCUCAGGUAUCCAGAAGAUAAAUAUGAUAGGACAUGGGAUCCUUGCAACAGUUAUAUUAUUGGUUGUGAAACAUGGAAUUUUACAAGCAGUACUUUGGGCAUCAAGACCAUUAGUGGUGAUGCUUAUGAGGUCCCAGGCAUGGUCAUGGGGACUGCAACUGUUGCUGCACAUAAUUUUACAUUGCAUUAUUCCUUGGGCUAUGGCCUCAAUUCGAGUGUUCAAACAACAUUCUAUAUCUAUUUGCACUUUGCUGAUUUCAACUAUUUAAGUGGGAAUGGAAGUAGAAUUUUUCAGGUGAGAGCAGAUGGGGAACCCGAUAGUGAAAACAUCAGUCCUGCAUAUCUACUGGCAACUCAUGUCCAUUUCAUCCAUCGGCUGGCGUACCCAGGUUUAAAAGGUUAUUUUAAUCUGACAAGGGUGGCCGGUUCCACCCUUCCCCCCAUCCUCAAUGCUGCUGAGGUUUACAUUCCUAUUAAUCUUUCAGUUGUGGCAACAGAUCCAGCCGAUGCUGAUGCUAUGAUGGGGAUAAAGAAAUUAUAUCAGAUGAAGAUAUGGCAGGGUGAUCCUUGUGCUCCGCAGCAAUUCAUUUGGAGUGGAGUAAAUUGCACCUACUCAAGCUCUGGUACCCCAAGAGUCACCUCAUUGUAA